AUGUCGCAAGCAACAAUCCCAUCGCCUGCCGCGCAGGAGCAGGGCUACCUCGCCAAAGCCAAGCAAGUGGUCCCCCGCUUCACCAGUGAAGAGAAACGCAACCUCGUGUUCUACAUCACCGGCAUCAUGCUGUACAAGUUCGGCCUCGAGUCCUUCAACGGAACCAUCAAGGCUCUCGCUCUGGAGCGGUUAGCCAAGAGCGAGAAAUUCACCAUGACCGGAUACCUCGACGGGUUCAACCAAGCCCUGCAGUGCGUCGGGUCUAUCGUCGUUGCGCCGCUGCUUGUGCGGUUCCCGAUUCGAGCGAUCUUGGCGUUUGCGAUCGCGUGCUUUGCAGUUAUCUCGUGUAUUCCGAUGAUCAUCGAGGGUGCGACAGGGGGCAAGGCUCCGCAAUGGACCGACGAUGGCAAGGCGGUGGUUGGAGCCUGGAACCCAAGGAUCGUUGUGCCAAUCUUUGCAAUCUCUGGGCUUACGCACGGCAUGGUGGAGAUUAUUCGAAGGAUCAUCCCGCGUGACAUGGUGGGUGGGAACGUUAUGAAGCUGAAGAGAAUGGACUCGAUGGUGCAUAUCUUCUACGAGGUUGCCGGUACCGGGGGAGCGUUCUUCGCUACCUUCAUGGCUCUGAAUCUGGGCAAGGCUUUUGCGCCCAUCACCACGCCAUUCUGUUUCGUCGGCGCCGCGCUCCUUUGGUCGCGGAUCAAGGUCACCAGCGAGGAAGCCCAGCAGCUCAGCGACGUCCCUGACGGAGCACACGGUGGUGUCAUCUCGGGCAUUUUGGGCGCCUUCGCCUCGUUCGGCACAUCAGUCGCGUUCGGCGCUAAAAUCAUCUUCACCGACCGUCGGUUCACAUGGUUGAUCUUCGGCUACUCCAUCCCCCUCGUCCUGCACCGAUACAUCGAGAACGGUGUCGCCGCCAACUACGCCCAGCUCGUGCUCGGCGAGGCUUCCUACGGUCCGCUGAUCGUUGGUGGAUCCAACUUUGGCGAGCUCUGUGGUGCGUUCUUCGUUUUCCUCUUCACAAGCACCAUCAAGACCCCUCUGCCCUGGUUACGUCUCGAUGCCCUCACACUCUCGAUCGCGUGGGUGUACUCCGCGAUCACACCUACCGGCCUCGGCAUCACCCCGCUCGCGACCGCUUGGGUGCUCGCUGCCAUCAUGGUCACCAUCUCCUUCGGUUGGGCCGCUGGUGACGUGUCCCUCUCCGCGUUCAUCCAAUCCCACGUUAGCAAAUCAGCCCACAACCGCAAAACAUCCACCCUCGGCGCCGUCAUGUCCUUCUUGUAUGUCACGUAUAUUGUGAUCUACGCCGUUAUCUCCCCCGUGAUCGGAAACUGGCUCGACUCGAUGAAGGCCGACAAGAUCCACCAGCAAGAGGAGUACCUCAAGUGGAUCCCCGGUGUUAUGUUCACCUGCACCGGUGUCAUUAUCUUUGCGUCGACGUUCUGGCCAAAGGGUUCUUUCGCGUUCAACCCCACCUUGGAGGACGAGUACCCUGAGAACGAAGCGGAGGCAGUUCAACACGAGGAGGUGGAUGACAAGAAGAAGCAGCCGGUCAACGUUAUGGAGGAGCUUAUGUAG